GCACUACAUGAUUUGGAUUCGAUUGUACUCCGAUUCUGGAGGAUGACACAGGAGACCUUCAUUUCAAGAGAAAAAAUCUUUAUUUCUAUUGGAGUUGAUCCGCCUUGUCUUGUUUAGCGUAUUCCAUGUCAAAAUCGUCAACUUCUCCCAUUGUCUACUAAACAUCACAUGUGGAUUUUGAUUGCAAAAGUAAAAAUUUACGACAAAUUUAAACCAAUAAAGGUGCUUGUAAACAAUUAAACCUUGAAUGAAUGGUCAAGAUUGAGACUAUGGUGAUCCUAUAGCUAAAAAGGGAGCUUCUAUUAAAUAACAAAUAAAAUUUUCGAUUGUGUCAGACUGGUGUCUGCCGUACUUUGAAUUUUCGUCGACUUUUUUUAAGUUAAAUUUUCUUGGAAUUGGAAUCUAAUGGCGGUUACAACUUCCAGAGUUUCCGGGAAGAAAUUGAUGACUUCAGUAUCAGUAUCGGCAACUACAGUUGGGAGAAUUGGAAAUGAAGGGUUCAGAUUAGGGAGAUGGAUUUCUUCUGUCAUCGACGGUGGAAAGAAGGUUGCGGCACUGUGGGGAAAUGGAGAUUAUGGGAGACUGGGAUUGGGAAAUUUGGAGUCCCAAUGGAAGCCAAGGAUUUUGAAUUCUUCUGCUUUUUAUGAUCAGAGCCUCCGCGAAAUUGCCUGUGGUGGAGCUCAUACCCUUUUUCUAACAGAAAAUGGCCGUGUCUAUGCCACUGGUUUGAAUGAUUUUGGGCAGCUAGGAAUUUCGGAUGAUAGAAGUUAUGCUACUGAGCCACUUAUUGUCACUGGAAUUCCUAAAGAAGUUGUAAAAAUUUCAGCCGGUUAUCAUCACUCUUCUGCAAUUACAGUGGAUGGCGAGCUUUAUAUGUGGGGGAAGAACUCAGAUGGACAACUUGGGCUUGGGAAAAAGGCAGCAAAGCUAGUUACUCUUCCCAGUAAAGUGGAAUGCUUGAAUGGAGUUUCCAUUAAGAUUGCCUCUUUGGGUUCUGAGCACUCAGUUGCUGUUACAGAUAAAGGGGAGGCCUUGAGUUGGGGUGGAGGAGCAUCUGGAAAACUUGGACAUGGUCAUGGAUCCAGCAUAUUGGGAUUUCGAAAAAGUAACAGUGAAUUCACUCCACGACUGAUUAAGGAUCUGGAGGGAGUGAAGGUUAAAAGUGUUGCUGCUGGGAUUUUGCAUUCUGCCUGCAUUGAUGAAAAUGGCUUUGUAUAUAUUUUUGGUGAAAGAGCAAAGGCGAAGAUGGGCUUUGAAGAAGGAAAGAGUGUUACAGUUCCAUCUCUUAUGAGCAAAAUGCCACCAUCUGAAGAGGUUGCUUGUGGUGGUCAUCACACUUGUAUCAUUACAAGUGGUGGGGAGCUGUACACAUGGGGCUCAAAUGACAAUGGCUGUCUUGGUAUUGGAUCAACUGAUGUUGUUCAUUCACCUGAAAGAGUUAAAGGUCCAUUUGUGAGGCAUCCUGUUUGUAAGGUGUCCUGCGGUUGGAAGCACACUGCAGCAAUUUGUGGGGGCAAUAUGUACACCUGGGGCUGGGGUGGUUCACAUGGAACUUUUUCUGAAGAUGGACGUUCUUCUGGUGGCCAACUGGGGCAAGGGGAUGACAUUGACUACAUUGAACCUAAGGCGAUUGACUUUUGCAAUAAAGUGAGAGCAUGGCAAGUUUCAUGCGGAUUUAAUCAUACAGGGGCUAUACUGGAAGUUGACAAAGAACCACUUUAAUAACAUAAGGUGAAGAGUAUAUGAAAGUAAUCUUCGAAUCAGCUGAUUCCCAUAAAAUCAGAAGUCAAGUUUAGGUGCGCUACGUUUCAGCCAAAGGAAAUAAAAGACUAGAUGCAGUUAUUUAUCAAAUAAUCACGUGAAAGGAGUACUUUGUGAAGAAAUAUAUUAUUUUCAUUUAUAUUCUCUUGUAUAAGGUACAUUCAGCACUGUAAAGUUGUGACUUCGAAAAGAGACCCUCUUUGAACCCUGUAAUGUGAUAUCACAGGUUUUCAUCAAUGCAUUCAAAGCAAACCCUAGCUCCCAAGUCGGUAGGC